AUGGAGUCAUUAUAUACCAACACAACGUUUCAAAAGAAUGCAAGGAGACAAAGACUUUUAAAGAGUUUUUACUUACCUUUACUGAGUACUACACACUAUAUCAGAAAAGGGAAGGUCUUAAUGAAAAACUCAAACAUUCAAUCGACGACAAUGAACUUAGUAGAUACGAACACUGAGUAUUUAAGUGUAACACUAAUGACCGUAUCAAAUCAAAUGCCUUACCUCUAUGUAUAUGUCACAGAGAACCAAUUCAGUCUCCCUUUUGUCGCUAUUCAAUUACCACCACUCUCUUUACAAUUACUUCAAGACCAAAGCGGAUUCACAAUAUCACAGACAGACCAGAACUACACAUUUUAUACUUCAAUACAAGAAGAGGCGGUGAAGUGGGUGUCGUCGAUUAACAAGACUACCCUCCGCUCAAUCAUUUGUAGUAAAAACGUCAUCACUAACAUUGUCUCCCCACGCAAAGGCAUUUCCCUCUUAAAUUCGCCAAGACAACAGAAAGUGACUGAACGGAUAGUUUUAAGUCCGGGCUCGAUAUUGACGUCUUACAACAAUGAGAUCAACCCAAUCCAACGAAAAUUUUUGAAGGACCAAUUGCGAAUGGAAGCGACACUGAACUUGACGGGAUUGAUUCAAUCGAUCAAUGAAAGACACUUACCUGUCACUUUACCUUUCUUGUUCCAUGUGUUGAUCACUACCUUCUUCGGAGUCGAACCAAACACUUUAGAAAAGGCGAUUGGGCCUCUUUCGUUCUAUUCGGAAAAUGCAGUCAUCGACUUGUCGACGGAAAUCUCGAAUUUGCGCUCCACACUCAUUUUAGGGUUAAUCGAAGACGGAAAAAUCCCCGACUUACACGCGUACGCCAAAGUCCUCAACGCGCAACAGAAAAUGCACGUCUUAAAUCUCUUGGCUCAAAAAUGCUCCGCACCUAUCCAUUUACAUGAGGAGUAUAAUCUCUUUCAUUGCGAGAAGUUGGAAUUGGUCGUCAAUGAAAUGGUCCACCUCCACUUUAAUAAAGAGAAGUCGACAGUCAAACCUAUUUUCGGCACAUUACUCUUCACAUCCGCAAGAAUCAUUUUCCUGAAACAGAACGACAAACUCGACAAAACAACAUUCCUCAAUUUUUCAACACCAAACCCUACCUGCAACGGAACGUUCUUUGUUCCCGUCACUUCAAUUAAAAAAGUCAAAAUCAAGUCGUUUGAACUUGCGAGUAACAAAUUUUCAACACUUCUUGUUCUAGCAAAGAAUUUCUAUAAGUUCUAUAUCGGCUAUUUUAAAGACGAACAAGACGCAGUGAAGUUACUCAACGCCUUCUCUGCACAAGAGAAAUCGGCGCAGUCCGAAAUUUUCUCGUUGCCACAAAAAGAGGAGAGGAGUGCCGUGGAUGAGUCCGUCGACCAAGUCUCUCGAGUGAAGGCUGAGUUCAUUCGAAUGGGGGUUUUGAAGAUGAAAAGCGUGCAACUGUGUGACUUGAAAAUAUGUCCGACAUAUCCGCCGUGUGUAGCUGUCCCUUCUAAGUUCAGUGAAUGUCAACUUAUUCAAUCGGCGCAGUUUCGAUCGAAGGGACGAAUCCCUGUCAUCUCAUAUCUCAUUCCAAGUCUUUCUGUUUUAUGUCGGUCGAGUCAACCUGGGACGGGGGUGUUAGCUUCGCGGAGUUCACUUGAUGAGCAAAUUCUUGACGAGUAUGCCAACAUGAGUAAGAACAAAGUCCUAAAGAUCUUUGAUGCUCGACCAAAACUGAAUGCCAAUGUGAAUCGAGUGAAAGGGAUGGGGAGUGAAAACACUAAGAAUUAUGCAAAUAGCACACUGACGUAUUUAAACAUCGACAACAUUCACAAAAUGAGGGAAGCAGAGGACUUGUUAUAUGGGGUCUUAGACUCCAAUUUUGAAGGAGUUGAAGGGUGGCUGAAGCACAUCACUAAGAUCCUUAAAGGUGCUAUACAGAUCACAAAAGAGGUUAUUUCAGGAAAUAGUGUCUUAGUGCAUUGUAGUGAUGGAUGGGAUAGAACAGCACAAUUGGUGUGUCUGUCGAUGAUAUUAGUAGACCCGUAUUAUAGAACUUUUGAUGGGUUUGGAAUACUUAUUGAGAAGGAGUGGUGUCUUAUUGGUCAUAAAUUCUCUGAUAGAUCGCGUAAUUUGGGGUCAAAUGGAGUGUCAGAGAGCGCUCCUAUCUUUCUCCAGUUUGUUGAUUGUGUGGUGCAAGUCAUGAAGGUGUACCCAGACGAAUUCGAAUUCUCUGAGGAAUUCUUGAAAGAACUGAUGUUCCAAGUGUACUCGUGUUAUUGCUACAACUUCAGAUUUAACUGCUUCGACGAGUUCGUGGAGUUCGGGAAAAACACUAAAAACGUCUUUGAGUUCAUUAAAAAGGAUCUCUUCGACAAAAAGUUCUUCAACGCAAAUUGUAAGAUGGAGUUCAAUGUGAUGCCCAUCGAUAAACUCGAACAACUGCAACCAAUACUUUGGAAAGAGUACUAUAUGUGUUUCAGAGGGUGUCAUACGUGUAUGUGA